AUGGGGGAUCAGCCAAAUGAAGAAUACCUCAAUUUCCAGAAGGCAUUGAAAAUGUGGGAGGAGAUUUCUUUGCCGGAGGUCCAGAAGAAGUUGGACGAUGAGGCGUUGGAAAUCAAAGAAAAUCAAAAGAGUUUAUUGAUUUCCAGAAAAGAUCUUGCCACGAAGACUAAGCAGUUCAAGAAACUAGAAGAUGAUGCGAAACUCAAUGAAAUUAAACCUUUGCUUAAAGCUUACCAAAACGAAAUUGAUAACUUGACUAAAAAAGGAAAAUUUGUUGAGACUGCGUUUUUCAAUGUUUAUAAAGAUAUUAGUGAAGCUCCCGAUCCAAAACCUUUGCUAUCCAGCUCUUUGAAGUCCUUUAAAACUUCCUCAGAAAUUGAUGCAUUAAAAGACGAAAAUGCUAAACUUCAAGAGAAGCUCUUAAAGUAUAAAGAUUAUGAGACCGUGAAGGCCAAGCUCAUUGAAGGGGAGCAAAAGCACGCAGAGAGUUUGAAAGUCAAGUUAUUAUUAAAAGAUGAUGAAUACAAGUCCAGGAUUGAUGAGACUGAAAGAAAAUUCAAAGUUACCGAAAAUAAAUACGAGCGGAAAAUAGCAUUGUUGACCAAACAGGUAUCAGAAUUAAAGGCUCUUAAUGAAAUCUCUAAAAACAAAUUAAAAUCGCAAAGCAAGCUUUUGCAAGGUGAUGAUGAUGAUGAAGAUGGGGAGGAGGAUGAUGGUGAUGAAGAUGACACUGAUGCAGGGAAACACACAGAGAAUCUAAAUGAUGUCGAGCCUAAAUCCGCGUUGAGAGUGGAGCUUGACUUAGCAACAAGAGAUUUAGAGUAUUCAAAGACUAAGGUAUUAGAAUUGGAGAAAAGAAACCAAGAAUUGAAAGAAAGUUUGAGUAAAUUAGAAGAGUCCUAUGAACAAGAUGAAAAACUUAAUAAGUUGAGAGAAUCCAAUCUAAUGUUGGAAAAGAAUAAUUCAAUUUUAUUGCAAAAGUCAAACUCUGAUAAAAGAACAAUUAUAAAGCUCAAUACCGAACUUUCUAAAGCCACCAAAGACUUAAUAGCUAAAGAAUCCGAAUAUUCUCAAAAACUUUCUAAACUUAAACAAAAACUUGAUGAGCAUAGUGAUUAUGAUGAAAUUAAGAAUGAGUUGAGUAUAUUAAGAUCGUUUGAAUUCGAUGUUGAUCUUGAUAAUGAAAAAUCCGCUGGAGACUCCUCCAUUGAUCAUACUUUGAUGGUGAGAAAUCGCAAAUUGAAUAACGAUUUAGUCGAACUUCGUAACAAAUGCUCCAAGCUUGAACAACAAAUCCGUCAAUUGACAGAUAAUCUGAAGAGAAGAGAGUCGCAAAUUUCCAGCUUGCAGUCAAUCAAUGAAAAGUUAGAAUCUGACAUAUCUAAUGUUAGAGGAAAUAAUGACAAUUGGGAAGCCAUGAGCAUGAUAAGCGGGGUUUCAAGAUUUCCGCCGGCCAGAAGCAUUGCUCCAUCUACUAGGUUUUCUUCUCAUGGGAACGGUAAAAUAUCACCGGCUGCAUCGAUUGCUGGUUUUGACGAUAGUUCCUCUAUGAUUGGUGGUGGUGGCGCUGAUAACGGUGGGAACAACUCGCUUUUGCCAUUGAUUACUCAACAAAGAGACCGGUUCCGUUCAAAAAACACCGAAUUGGAAACCAAAUUAAGAGAAACCACCAAAACCAUUGGUGAUUUAAAGAAACAGAACACCGUCUUGCAAACUAAAGUGAAUAAUUUGACCACCGAGGUAAAGUUUUUGCAGAGCAAAUCUGCAAGAGGGUCGGGUCCUACCGCCAUAGGUUCUGGUAAACCGGCGGCUGCCAACCCUUAUAGUGAUCAAUUUUCUUCAACCACUUAUGAUGUGUUGUUUGAUGAUUAUGAAUCAUUUAGCUUCAUUACCAAUAGUAAGAGUUUGCAUUGGCUUCAGAAAACUUUAGGAAAUGAAAACACCAAAAAACUCGAUAAGAAGUUGAAUGGUACUGAGAAAUAUUUUUAUAAUUUCUUGAAGAUCAUCUUGACAAAUCAAACCUCCAGAACUUUUUUCUUGAUUUAUUUUACCGCCAUUCACUCAGUAUUGGUGUUAUUUUUGCUCAAAUUGUUUUUCGGUGGUGGAUCGGUGUCAACUACCGAUUCGAUAGUGAAGAAAGUUACAAAAGAUGUAGGAUCUGAAAAAAUAUUGGCUGCUGCUGCCGCAGCAGCAGCAGACAGUAUCAAAGUUCCAGUUGGUGGUGGGGUUGCUAGGGAUGCGGCUGAUGCAAUCAAAGUUGCUGGAUGA